UAUCUUUCAAUUUGUCACUUUAUUUGCAAUGUUUUCUGAUAUUUUAAUUUGGUUAAUGUACAUUACUACAAGAAGACUUGCAACGUCCCCUCUUCUCCCCCAAAAGAAAAUACUAAAAAUUUUCAAAAAUACAGUACGGAGAGAAAACGAAAAAAACAAAAAACAAAAGUAAGAGAGAGAACCGCGAUUUUUCAGUAAGUCUGCUCCUUUGAAAGAGAAAAAAUUUCCCCAGAUCACUCGGUCCUCUUAAGUCUUAAGUCUGCCCCUUUGAAAGAGAAAAAAAUUCUCCUUGUUUUGGCCAUGCACGCUCAAGAUGACAAGAACCCAACAAAACUUGCACCGGAAAGAAUAUUGGGGAAGGACUAAAAUAUCCUUUAUUUAUUAUUAUUAUAAUUUGUUUUGUUGCCGAAGGAAAAUACAAAUCUUCCUUUCUUCUUUUUCGUUCCUUCUUCUCUUCAGCUCAGUGAGUGAGUGGCGCUCUCGCUUCCAUUGCUGCACGAUGUCGGACUGUCUCCCACACGAGGUUGUCGUCGACAUCCUCUCACGACUGCCGGUGAAGUUACUCAUGAAAUUCAGGUGCGUUUCAAAGGCAUGGUGCUCUCUAAUCUGCAGCCCCCACUUCAUCUCCACCCACCUCAAUCGCUCUCUUUCCAACUCCCAACACCAGCCCUGCCUUUACGUCACCCAUAACUACACCUUUCACACCCUCCUGUUGUACCCAUCAAAUCAAGAAAUAGAACAGAAGGGUGAUUUCUUUGCAAACCCAUCAGAUCGCAUACAAUUGCAUGAUACAUCUAACGAUGAAUUUGAGUUGCUCUUAGUUGGUUCAUCUAACGGCCUACUUUGUCUUGCCAAUAUGACUUUCAAUAACGAAAGUGGCUUGUGCGUUCUCUGGAACCCAUCCAUUCAAAAAGCCAUAUCUCUUCCCAAGCCUAAUAUUGGAUUUCACGGUUCGUUAGACCACUCUGUUGGGUUUGGGUAUGAUCCCACCACUGAUGAUUACAAAUUCGUGAGGCUCGUGUAUCUCCCAGACACUGAGUAUUCUAGUUUCAUAACUGUUCCACCUCUGGUUGAGAUUUAUACGCUUCGAACCGGCAUAUGGCGCUCUGUUACGGCCCCCGGUCCUCCCUACGUCAUAAGGAAUUGGUCCCCAUCGGUUUUCGUGAAUGGGGCACUUCACUGGUACGCCCACACUCCACACCAUCCACGGAAACAGGGCGCCUAUUGCAAUGUGAUCGUGUCGUUUAAUUUGAAGGAUGAGGCCUUCGGUGAAGUGGGUAUGCCUAAGAGCUUACAACGGCUGCAACGCUUGGACGUUACUGUGGCGCUAGUUGAUGGGUUGCUUGCGCUUGUCCCUUGUGACUACUAUCGUAGCGUGUCAUAUAAUUCCGUGUGGGUGAUGAAAGAGUAUGGAGUAACGGAAUCUUGGACUAAGCUGUUUGAUGUUUGCUUUUGGCCAUUUAGCAGGGUGAUUGGCUUUACAAAGACUGGUGAAGUUCUAGUGCAAAAGGCUGACAGGUUGUUUUCUAGCGGACCUACUAGCCGAGGAUAUUUGGAGAAUCCUCCCAUUCGAGGCAUGGAGGAGAUUUAUUUGGAUACAUAUGUGGAGAGCCUUGUUCUAUUGAAUUUAACUGACCAAGUGCUGGGGAGACAGGGGAAUUCGUCUUGUGGUAGUAAGCUCAGAAAAAAAAGCAGGUGAAAAGAAAAAGGAUUGCAAGAGUAGUUGACUAUCUGUAAGUCGGGGGAAUUGCAGAGGAUACAUCUGAUCUGGUUUUGCCAGUGUCUGUGAUGGAUUAAGUGAAUCUGUUGACUAUCCAAAUGAGUAUUGGGACUCUGAUGAUGAUGUUGGAUAUAUGAGACAACCUAUUGAGGAUGAGGCAUGGCUUCUAGCUCAUGAAAUUGAUUACCCAAGUGACAAUAAAAGUGUGUAGGGCAUGGCAGUGUUCCAGAUCCACAGGGAAGAGCUCCAGCCAAAGAUGAGGAUGAUGAUCAAUCUUUUGCUGAGGAGGAUUCUUACUUCCUGGUGAGCAGUAUUUUCAAGCAAAACGUCCAACCAGUUACGGCUUUGGAUGAUCCUAUAGGGGCUGUCAGCGUUGUUUUUAAGCUCAUAUUUUAUUUUAUUUGCUUCUGGCUGUGUUAUAUGAUGACCAGUCAGUUGUUUUGUGAAAUUUUGGAGGCUAUUAGAUUUGAACUUGUUGCUCUGUUA